GGCGUUUCCUGAAACAUGGCGGCUCUCGAAGCGGCUGCUGAACCGGUAACGGGGGUAGCGGCCGUUGGACCAAAGGCGAAGGACGAAGAGGAGGAGGAAGAGGAGUCGCUUCCGCCGUGCGAGGCAGUGCGCUGGGCGCCGGUGGGGGCGGUGGCAGAGGCCGGGCCCGGGGCGGCGGCGUUCUCGGAAGAGGCGGCGGUCGAGGAGCCCGGAGCGGCCCCGGGCUCCCCACCGGACUCGCCGGGCCGGACGCUGCGGCGGCUGCGGGCCGAGCGGCGGCGGCUGGACUCGGCGCUGCUCGCGCUGUCCUCGCAUUUCGCGCAAGUGCAGUUCCGCCUGCGGCAGGUGGUGCGCGGGGCGCCGGCGGAGCAGCAGCGCCUCCUGAGCGAGCUCGAAGACUUUGCUUUCCGCGGCUGCCCUCACGUCCUGGGUUACGGGAGCCCAGAGGACCCCGCCAGCGAUGAUGGCGACGGGAUGCCGGGGGACCGGCCACGGUUGCGGGGCGAGGACCAGAGUGAGCAGGAGAAACGGGAACAUCUGGAAACCCAAAGGGAGAAGCAGAAGGAACUGAUACUGCAGCUCAAAACGCAGCUCGAUGACCUGGAGACGUUUGCCUAUCAGGAAGGCAGUUACGACUCCCUGCCACAGUCCGUGGUCUUGGAAAGGCAGCGGGUGAUCAUCGAUGAGUUAAUAAAGAAACUGGACAUGAAUCUGAACGAGGACCUCAGUUCACUGUCCACUGAGGAGCUUCGGCAGCGUGUGGAUGUAGCUGUAGCUCAGAUCGUCAACCCAGCCCGAGUGAAAGAACAGCUGGUUGAGCAGCUGAAAACUCAGAUCCGAGACCUCGAGAUGUUCAUCAGCUUCAUCCAAGAUGAAGUAGGAAGCCCAUUACAGACAGGUAGUGGACACUGUGAGUGCAAGGCCAGUGGGAAGACAGGAAACGGCUCCUGCAGAACUGGCAGCAGCAGACCACCUCCAGGAAACAGCAAAACGAAGGCAGAAGACAUGAAGAGCGUUCGCGAGACAGGGCUGCACCUGAUGCGGCGAGUGCUGGCGGUGCUCCAGAUCUUCGCCGUUAGCCAGUUCGGUUGCGCCACGGGCCAGAUCCCGCGGACCCUGUGGCAGAGGGACCAGGCUGACAGGGACUACUCUCCCUUAUUGAAGAGGCUGGAGGUGUCAGUAGACAGGGUGAAGCAGCUGGCCUUGAGGCACCAGGCGCACGACCAUUUCAGCAGCUCCGCCAGCCUCCAGGACCUCUCUCUGGGAGGCAAGGAUGAGCUGACCGUGGCUGUGCGGAAGGAGCUGACUGUGGCCGUGAGGGACCUGCUGGCCCAUGGACUGUACGCCUCUUCACCGGGGAUGAGCCUCGUCAUGGCCCCCAUCGCCUGUCUGCUGCCGGCCUUCUCCUCGGCCCCCGAGGCCAUGCACCCCUGGGAGCUCUUUGUAAAGUACUACCACGCUAAGAACGGCCGUGCUUACGUGGAAUCCCCUGCCCGGAAGCUCUCACAGUCCUUCGCCCUGCCUGUCAUGGGAGGCAGUGUGGUGACGCCCAAGCAGAGCCUGCUGACAGCCAUCCACGUGGUGCUGACAGAGCACGACCCGUUUAAGCGCAGUGCAGACUCGGAGCUGAAGGCCUUGGUGUGCAUGGCGCUGAAUGAGCAGCGUCUCGUGUCCUGGGUGAACCUCAUCUGCAAGUCGGGGUCGCUCAUCGAGCCCCACUACCAGCCCUGGAGCUACAUGGCACACACGGGCUUUGAGAGUGCCCUCAACCUGCUUAGCCGCCUUAGCAGCCUCAAGUUCAGCCUCCCUGUAGACCUGGCUGUGCGCCAGCUCAAGAACAUCAAAGAUGCCUUUUGAUGAGAAUGCCCUGGCCCCAGACCAGCAUCUUGCUCAGUAAGGAUAGAUGGUUAGUCUUCUAGGAUAAGAGCAAGAAUUAGGAGGAGGGGCUAAAGACAUUUUCCCUAGCCAGAUGAUGCAAAGUCUCUCUCCCCCAUCAACUUAGCAUCUCAGAAAGAUAUGCUGGAGACCCUCUUGUUAAAAGGUUCUGCCCUGGCGUGUAACCACGGUGUACAUGUGAGCACAUAUACUUGAGCCUGUUGAAAAGAAGUCGGUCAUGGCACACACUCUUCACGCCAUGUCUGAUUUGUAGAAAAUCCAGGUUGCUGUAACCAUUCUCUUCACAGUGGUGAGGGACAGCAUGAGUGAGUUGCGAGCCACCUUCCUUCACUUGAAGCAGGUUUGAGAGAGUCCUAGGUCAGAAUUCACAUUCCUUUUGUGAAUACUGAUGCCUCUUUCUUCCUGACCCCAAGGUCAGGGGAGGCCGUGUGCGUUCCAUAGCUGCCUCUAAAACCAGGAGUGGGAAUAUCUGAGAACAGCAUUUCUAAGGGUGUUUACCACAGUUGAUUUUUUUUUUUUUUUUUUU